CCCAAGAAUAAAAUUAGAAAAACCAAUCAGGUUUUAGAACUUUAGCAACACAUAUAUUUUAGUUGAGCGGUUACCAAGUAAGGUCACUCGCAAGAUUUCUUGAAUCUCAGCACCAACAUCCCACUUUAGGAAGGAAGUCAACCAUGUCUGAAAGGAAAGCUGUCAUUAAGAAUGCUGACAUGUCCGAGGACAUGCAGCAGGAUGCCGUUGACUGUGCCACAACAGCCCUGGAAAAAUACAACAUAGAGAAGGACAUUGCUGCUUACAUCAAGAAAGAGUUCGACAAAAAGUACAACCCCACAUGGCACUGCAUUGUUGGAAGGAACUUCGGUAGCUACGUAACCCACGAGACCAAACACUUUAUCUAUUUCUAUUUGGGACAAGUUGCCAUCCUUCUCUUCAAAUCUGGUUAAACAGUGUUUGAAAACUAGUCUAACUUAAAACAAUUUUUUUCAAUGGGGGAACAGACUUUACACAAAAGGUUGGAUGGAAUUUUUCUGUGCUGGAGAUGUAUUUUGCAAACUUUUUACAAAACGAAGACUUUGAUUUGCAAGGUUGCAUUCAUUUGUAUAGUUAAUAUUUUGUUAAUUUAUUUUGUAUGAAAAAUAUGUAAAAGAGCUAGAAAAAUCAUUGAAAUUCAUUGAUAGAAUCUGUUACUUAUCCACAUAAUUUGAAGAAGUAACAAGUUCAAUAAACAUAUACCCUUGUUAUAUUUUUAUAUAUAAAUGUUUUAUUUAAAUUUUAA